AACUUCUAUAACAUACGGUAAAGAAUCCGAUAAAAGGAAGAGGGUCAAAAACAAUACAGGAAUGCUUCUAAGAUAGCUGAAGGUUGACUUUUCAUGCCAUGGAAACUUUGAAUCCCGGGGACAGCAAUGAUGUUGCCGACUCAAAAUUAUAAUGACACGUCUGCUUGAUUGAAAUAUUGGAUUAACGAGCGUGCGUGUAUGGGCAUCUCCCUAAAGUUCCCCUGUCUAGUCCUUGUGCGAUUACUCAUGUGUUCAAUUGAUUUUUGAUAAUUUUUCUCGAGCAACUUUCGAUUUUCCAAAAAGCAAUGUUGGGUGCUUUUGGUAGGAGACGAAAAUAAAACCCCAUUGAACGCAUUUGGAUAGCCUGCAUAUUCUAACCUUGAAUAGAUCGGGCCGGAAUGGAACAAGCAAACUGAUCGAACCUUAUUGUCAGGGAGUGACCAAUGGAGAUGUCAUCAACAAAGAUUACGUGUGCUGAGCAUGCAGGUGCAAGGUAUCAACAUUAUUCACCGCUAAUCACGAUUCACACACACAGCUUCGGCUGCCAGUUAAAAGGGUUUCAAACCACCCUUUUCUAUCAAAUAAAAUCAUUUUCCUCGAAGCCGAGGCCACGAAUCGCAACUAUGAAAUUUAAUAUGUCAUUUUUCGGCGGGCUGCUGCCUGUCUUUAACGUCGAUGCCCCUGGUGUUAUUGCCUCGAGUUUCGGGGAAAUAAGCGCAAUGGCUGAAGCUUUAUCCCCACUUCUAUCAAAAACCGCAAGCCUUUACCUUCCUUCAGAUCCGGAAUGGAACGAUCUGCAAGUCAGAGGGAGCUCGCCUCGCGUACAACCCAAUUUCGAUAUGGUCGUCGAGGUGGGAACAGAGGGAGAUGUUCAAGCAACUGUCCAAGUCGCGAAUCAGUUCAAUGUUUCGUUUCUCGCAGUGACUGGUACACAUGGCUGGACAAAUUCCCUCAAUGACGUCUCACAUGGUAUUCAAAUUCGAAUGCGCAGGUUGAACUUGACUACCGUAGAUGCUGGAGGGAAGUCAGCUACAGUCCAGGGCGGCACACUUCAACAUGAAAUAACAAGAGCUUUGUAUCCUUACAACAAGCAGGCCGUGACCGGUGUGUGCGAAUGCGUCUCGGUUGUUGGACCACUUUUGGCCGGUGGUCAUAGCGUGCUUCAAGCUCGUCACGGAUAUGCGCUCGACAACAUGAUAUCUGCUCGCGUUGUUCUAGCCGAUGGUAGCAUCAUCGAAGCUUCUGAAGGAGAGAAUUCCGAUCUUUUCUGGGCUCUCCGUGGUGCCGGACAAAACUUUGGCAUUGUGACAAGCAUGGUCCUCAAGAUAUACGACAUCCAGAGGAACUGGACGGUGUACACAUUCAUCUAUUCUCAAGACAAGAUUGCAAAUCUUUUUGAGCUUGUUAAUAAAGUUGAUGCCGAUCCUAAACGUCCGACAUCAAUGUUUCUUUUCGGCGUCGGGACCAAAAUUCCAGAUAUUGAUGGAGACAAGCCUGUUAUUGCAUACAACGUAGGAAUUGAAACUUCCGAAACCGAAGCAGGCGAAUGGGCUCAACUAUUCCUGGAAGUUGGACCUGUAGCCACAGAAAUCGCAAGAGAUGUGGAUUAUGUUUCGCUUUACACAGUUCUACAAAACAACAUUGAAAGUAGCACCUGUCGAAAGGAACAGAAUAUUUUAGCGAAUGGCGCUUCGAUUCCGGCAUGGAAUGUUACCGCUCUGUCUGAUGCCUUCAGUAUCUUCAACGAAUUGACUGCUGACAGCCGCUACUCGACAUCCGUUUUCCUGCUAGAAAACUACGGAUUGAAAGGUGUACAAGAAGUAGAUCCAGCCAGCACAUCGCUAUCUCUCGAAGAGCGAAUCUACCCCAUACUCACCUCUGCAGCGAUAUGGUGGGAAGGCAACAAGCCACAGGACGCUGUGGACGCACUAGCCUACGCAAGCCGGAUUAGACAAGCAUUGGCUGUUCAGGAUGAACGUGCAAGGGAUCACACGUACGUGAAUUAUGCUGUGGGAGGGGAAACAAUCCAGCAGAUGUACGGGCAUGAGGAUUGGAGGAUAGAGAGGUUGUUACAGUUGAAGACAAAGUAUGAUAGUCAAAACCGUUUCAGGUUUUACAACCCGUUAGUGAAAGAACACCAUGCGGGAAGCUAG